AUGACCUGCAACAUGACUUCUCCCCGAGAUGCCCUUCAGGUUGGCAUGGAGGCUUUGGUUUGCGCCGCUAUGCUCAACAAUGGCGGCGCCCAUUGUCUUGCAAAUGGGGACUUUCAAAAUGCCUAUCAGUCCUUCAAAAAUGCGCUGGACAUGGCAAGCCAAGCCGAGCUUGCAUUGUUGCUUCAGAAUCCAAUCGCCACCCCGAUCGUAGGAGGCCAGGCCCAUCCCCAGUACACCCAACAGCAUUGUUCAACACAUCGUCACGGGAUCCAAUCUUCCAAGCAGCUACAGAACUACGUCACGUCCACUCAGGAAACAGAAGGCGUCUUGAAAGAAAGUCCACUUGGCCAAUGCGCUCCGCCCCAUGCCACCACGCCUUCCCCCUCUGCUUCCCGUGCUCCAAGUCCUUUCAAAAACAGUACUUUCUUUCUUUACAACGAACCCUUCGUCUUUUAUUCUCCAGAUGCCGCUCAAGGGUUCACUGCCGAACGUGUGGCACUCCACAAAUCUCAGAUUCUUUUCAACUUGGCCCUUGUCCAUCAUUUGGCAGGUGGCUGUGUGGAUGACAACUCCGUCUUCAAUGCCCUCAAGCUAUAUGAUCUAUGCUUGGAGAAUACCAUUGCCUUGGCAGCUACUCAAGAAGGUCUUGCAAUCACCAUUGUCGCGCUCAAUAACAAGGCACACAUCUUCCAUGAGUUCUGUGAGUUUCGCAGUCUCCAAGUGGUUCAGGAAACCAUCUACGCAGCUCUGGUGUUCUUGCCAAAGGGUGUUCAAGUCAUGGACAAUUCGAUGCUCCAAGGAAUUCUGUUCAAUGUGUAUAUGCUACGAAACUUGAACUGUGCACGAGCUGCAUAA